AUGGCCACUUCCAGUACAACAUCUAGAUCUAACGAUAUGGAGCUGCAACAUUUGGAUAUCGAAGCUACGUUGGCCGUGGGAGAAAUGGCCACCAGAACUUCGUCGGCUUCUCUCUCUGCAUCCACCGAAACAGCAGUGUCGGAUAAUAUUGCGGCCAAUCUCAUCGCCCAGGUCACCUCAUUUGCUGGGUCUUACGCAAACCUCAAUGAACUUUUUGAGAAAUCUUGGAAUUCCAGGAACAGCGCAUUGCCGUCUCAAGCUUCAUGGCGAGGUGAAUCUGCCGAUUUCCCCCAAGGGCAUUCAUUCUAUGCGAGCGACCAGCACGGACGGAGCCAUGCAUUUUAUGACGCCUACAAUAUGUACAGUCGGACUGCUCAUAUGGGCAUACUCGAUCCCAGCUAUGACGUCUUUACGAGCGAAUACGGGCACGGAGCGCUUAUUUACAAAGUGCAGAACCGUACAGCUGUCAUCACUGGUGAUCCUCUCUGCCCCGUGAGCCACUUUGACCAGUUGUUGAAGGAAUUCCAAUGCAAGAAACAACUCAAACUGGCAUUCAUGGGAAUUGGACAGCAAUUCGCCGAAUACGCCGCAGACAAGGGAUGGACUACCAUGCAUUUUGGACGUGAACGUGUCUUGAAUCCUUUGACGAACAAGGUUCUCCGUCAACUUUCAGGAAAGCGAAUGGUAGCCCAGAGUCGAAGACUAUUGGAUCCUAAACGCAUCGGACUCGUUGCUGAUAUCUAUUGUCCUGGAAGAUCCGGCCGUGAUUCCACUCUGGAGGCUGAGAUUCAGAGUUUGUAUGAUGCAUGGCGCAUGGAGCGCAACUCGAAGAAUGAGGGCGGAAACCAGGCAUUCGUCACGGAGUAUGAUCUAUUCUCGGAUCCCGACAUAGCCCUUUAUCUGUAUAUUCGAGAUCGAGAAGGUUCCGUGGUUGGUCUAGCGGUGCUUCGAAGUCUUGGGGCCACCUGCGGUUUUCAUCUCGACCCUUGCAUAGCCUCCCCUACCGCCCCUUCUGGCGUUACCGACCUUCUCCCCAUUCUCUCCAUGAUCCUACUCCGAGGCACUGGAAUCGCAUAUCUCAGCUUUGGGUACGAGCCCUUUCCUGAGAUAUGUGACAUAUCAGGACAGCGGAAGUUGAAGGCUUCUUUGACACGCUGGGGUUACCGCCGCGUUCUUGAGACGGUGAACGUGGGCGGUAAGGUCUCCUAUCACGACAAGUUCCACCCCGAUGAGAACUUAGAAUCAGACCUAUACACGGUUAUUCCGAAAGGGUCUCUUCAAGUUCAACAAUCAGCUGCAAUAAUGCAUGUGGCCAACAUCAAACUUCGACGCCUUCUCCUCUCUAAUCACCGUCAAACAGUCAGUUGA